CAAAUGACAUUUCAAACAUUUCCAAUUUCCAAGCUUCCAGGCGUAAACCUCCCGAAUCCAUUAAAUUUUGAGUGAAUCCUGAGUGGCGUAAAUAAUGGUGAAGUAUCCGGUUAUCCUCGUUGUAUCUGAGGGCCAAGUAUCGCCGGAGAGUAUUAUUGAAAAUAUUCGUAAGAAGCCACCAACAGAAGAUGUUGAUCAACUGAUGACACUCCCUGCCGGCGAUAUAGUCGGCUGCAAACUCCAUUUGGUUACAAAGUACUACCAGACUGACCUCUACUUAGUUCCUUUCAAAGAAGACAUUUCCCUCCUGCCUGCAGAGAUACAAGAAGCCAUUGAAGCGGUUCUCAUAUAUUUCGACUCCGGGAAGCGGAGCUUUUCAGAUCGCAUUCCAGUCUACGCCCAGUUCUUGAAGAGCAACGGGAUCGAACUUGGUAUCCUGCUCUGCGACAGAGUUUAUGAAGACUCGAACGAGGGAAUCACCUACAAAGAGGCCAAACAAGCUAGUCAAGUUCUUGAUGUGAUUGAGUUGGGAAGGAAGCGUGAAGAGGGCGAGGAAGAUGAUCCCCAUGACCCCAUUGGUUACGACGAAGUCAUGCAGGCACUGCGAAGUUUUAUUUGGUCAAAUGUGGACAUGGGCGCAGCCUCUGGUCAGGGCAAAACUGCACCAAAGAAGGAGGCAAAGGACACUAAGAAAAACAAAGACGGCCCCCCAGGCAAACCAACUCCGAAUUCAAUGGAAGCAGAAUUGGAGAUUUUCGAGAAGUUACUCACCAAAGUCAUGGAUUUCAAAAAUGAAACAGCGACAAUGACGCCUCCGGAACGCUUGGCAUACGCAGAACGGAUUGCCUACGAUUUCGAGAAUCUCAUGGACGAUGAUGACAGUGAUACCUCCGAUGAAGGGGAGAUGCUUCUUCCAAAAUUUGGGAUAAAGUAGUUGACAUAAAUGUAUGAUAAGUAGUUAAGUCGUGUCUACUUAGAAAUGUAAGCUCAAUAUACUCAGUGUAAUUGCAAUUGUUUUUCUUUAAUCGA